AGUCGACCAUGGGGUUGUGAAAGGGCGGCUCGUUAAGAGUUCGGAGUCUGUCGGUGGUGCGCGUUCUGACCAGCCGCCGCUUUUCCUUCAAGGCGUCGGGACGCGUGGGCCAAUGAAGGUCCCUCUGUGAAGCGGUCGGCGGUCUGGUGAAUCGGGUGCUGUGCUUAGAGAUGAACGCCCUGGUCGCUCUGUGUCACUUCUGCGAACUCCAUGGCCCACGAACCUUGUUCUGCACGGAGGCGCUUCAUCCUCCAUCCCCUUCUCCACCCCAGGCGGGCGCCCCGGUGCCCGGAGACCGGGACCGGGAUGGAGACAGGGAGGGGGAGGGACUCACCAUGAGGGCCAACAGCUCAGCGUCGCAAAGAGGAGACAUGUGUGAGGGAUGUCGGUCUCUGCCUGCGUCUCACCCGGGCUUUGUCAGCGUUGAUGACGAGACGGGCAUCCGCUUCCUGAGCCACCAGCAUCCUCGACAGCCCCAGCUCUUCAGUGUUGUGCGCCAGGCCUGCGUACGCAGCCUCAGCUGUGAGGUGUGCCCUGGCCGAGAAGGCCCUAUCUUCUUUGGGGACGAGCAACACGGGUUUGUGUUCUCGCACACCUUUUUUAUCAAGGACAGCUUGGCGAGGGGCUUCCAACGCUGGUACAGCAUUGUCAUGGUGGCCAUGGACAGGAUCUACCUCAUCAACUCGUGGCCCUUUCUGCUGCGUCACCUUAGACUGACGAUACAGAGCCUGCAGUCCACAGCACUCAAGGUAUUUGACGGUGAACAGGGAGUGUGCCCCCAGAGGGCAGUGAGGAUGAAUAGUGUGUUCUCACCGGCGGUUUUCCCCCAUCAGAGGAGUGGAAACGCUGCCAGGUCAUUAACCUCCCUCACACAGCACCCUAACCUCUGGGCCAGCCUACAUUCUUCCUUCAGCUGGCUGCUGAAGGCCUGCGGUAGUCGGCUGACGGAGAAAUUGCUGGAGGGCGCCCCCACCGAGGACACACUGGUGCUGAUAGAGAAACAGACAGAACAAGAGGAGGAAAUGAGCUGCUGGGAGGGGGCAGACGGGGACGGUUCCAGACAACAGAAGCACCAAUCAGAGAGUGAGCUGGACAGGGACUUCCUGUGUGACGAUGGGAAAUUAGAGGGGUUUCCUGGUCCGAAGUUCAAGUCCUUGAGGCAUUUGCGACAGGUCCUCGGAGCUGCAGAGUUUCGCCAGCUGGCGUGGCACGUGCUCAUGGGAAAUCAGGUCAUAUGGCGAGGUGCAGACCAAGGGCUGAUCCAGUCGGCGUUCACAGUGCUGAAGGCCUUGCUGCCGGUCGGCUGUGUGCGCUCUGUGCCGUGCAGCGCCCAGUAUGAGGAGGCCUACAAGUGCAACUUCCUGGGUCUCAGCCCUGAUGUGCCCAUACCAGCCCACGUCAGCUCUUCAGAGUUCUCAGUGCUGGUAGAUGUGGUCACGCCAGAAAAAUGCUCUCAGUACGCCGCUGUAGGUGAAGAUGAUAUCUCCUUAUUUUACCAGUUCGCUAUCAGCAGUGCCAACACACAGCCCACAGACAGGGGUCCGACGCUACUGAAUAAGCUGGAGGUGGCCCUAUCGAACGAGAACCUGUCCGUCGAUGUGGUGUCCCACUGUCUGCUGUGUCUGAAGGAGGAAUGGAUGAAUAAAGUCAAAGUGCUGUUCAAGUUCUCCAAGGUGGACGGGCGAGGGCGGGAGGACACGCAGAAGGUGCUUGCCCUCCUGGGAGCCACGGGGCCGGGGGAGGAGGACAACGUCAGGCUGCUGAAAUUCUGGAUAACGGGGCUCAGUAAAACCUACAAGAGUCACCUGAUGACGGCUGUCAGAGGAGGGGAGAGGAGCCCCAGCCAGUGACGAGACAGACAGACAGGCAGGCAGUGAGAUUGGGGAAGGUGACAGUGCAAACAUGGGGGGGGGGGGUUAAUCAUCACUUAUCAGCACAUAGUAUAGUGAGCUGUGUGUGUGUUUUAAGGUGGAAAGAAAGGGAAGAAAUUGGGUUCGACUGGGUCAGAGACGUGUUUUUUUGUUCUUUUUUUUUGACAUUUUGAAAUACUUUGUUGCUCCCCGUGGGGAAAUUACGCUCUACGUUUAACCCAUCCUGGCCGUGUUAGCGAGGGCCGCCGUGCAGCCCCCGGGGACCGGCUCCAGACAGGAGAGCUAACCCUAACAUGCGUGUCUUUUUGAUGGCGGGGGAAACCAGAACACCCGGAGAAAACCCGCCGCCGGGGGACACGGGGAGAACACGCAAACUCCACACAGAGGACGACCUGGGAUGGACCCCCCCCCCCCACCACCACACCCCCAAGGUCGGACAACCCCGGGGUUCGAACCCGGGACCUUCUCGCUGCGAGGCGACCGCUGAGCACCGCGCCGCCGUGACGCCAAGUUCUGAACCGGCGUUGACGACGUCUUUGGCACAGUAAUGAGCGUCUCUUUCGGGGCAUGUGUUUACAGCACUCAGUUUUUACUCCGUCCUAACUAAUGCUUUCACUUUUUUUGGGGGGGGCGGGGGAGGGGGGGGUGUAAGGGGUUUUUUUUUUUUCCAUCAGGGAAUUCUUAUAGACGACGUUCUCGUACUCGUACGUGAAAUAUAAAUUAUUGCGGAGGGCCGGCCGGUUUGUUAACUCCAUGUCCAGAUGUUUUAAAGUGAAA